AUGACAGGAGUGAUUUGACACUUGACAUAAAACUCUAACCAACAUUCAAACUUCAAAAAUUGUUACAAAGCAUUUUUCAGUUUUAGUGAAUUCAAAAAAUGGAGUGCUUACUUGGUAUUAAAUUUAAUGAUUUUGUUUUAAUAGCUGCAGAUAUGACGGCUUCACAAAGCAUUAUCGUAAUGAAAACAGAUGAAAAUAAACUACAUAAAUUAUCCAAUAACAUUGUUAUGGCGGUUUCUGGAGAGUCCGGUGAUACCACUCAGUUCGCAGAGUAUAUCGCGAAAAAUAUACAACUUUACAAAAUGAGGAACACGUAUGAGUUGAGCCCUAAAGAAGCAGCAAAUUUCACUCGUCGAAAUUUAGCAGAUACUCUUCGAAGCAGGAGUCCAUAUCAUGUUAAUCUUCUCUUGGCUGGAUAUGACAAGAAAGACGGGGCUCAGUUGUAUUACAUGGAUUAUCUAGCGUCUGUUGCUAGUGUUGAUUACGCUGCCCAUGGAUACGGAGGAUAUUUCUCCCUUUCCAUAAUGGAUCGCAAUUAUUUGAAAACCCUGUCGAAAGAUCAAGGAUACGAACUUCUGAAGGAAUGUGUUAAAGAAGUUCAAAAGAGACUUGCUAUAAAUUUACCAAAUUUCAAAGUUCAGGUUAUUGAUAAAGAUGGUAUUAAGGAUAUGCCUAAUAUAACUUCAAAAGAUUUGAAUUGAUUAAGCAACUUCAGUUUCAGAUUUUUUUUUAAAUAAACAUUUAAAGUGUC